CACGGCUAUCUAUCUGGUACAGUCAGCGACCUGAUCAAGUCUUUCUUCUCUACAUCCUGCGACCGAUGGCCAGUCUCACUCUUUCGUCGACCGUUCGACUCAACUCGGGCUACUCUAUGCCCUUGUUGGGUUUUGGCGUCUAUCAGAACCGAAAUGCGCGACCUAGUGUGCUGGAAGCGUUCAAAGCCGGAUACAGACAUGUCGACUCGGCACAGGUAUAUCAGAACGAAGGAGCUGUGGGGGAGGCAGUCAAAGAGUGCUCGAUCCCUCGAGAGGAGCUAUUCAUAACCACCAAAUGUUAUUCCAAGAAUCACGGCUACGAGAGCACGCUUGCCGGAGUGAACACAUCUUUAGGCCAAUUUGGAUUCGAAUAUAUCGACCUCUUUCUCAUUCACGAUCCUAUGUCUGGGUCUGAGCGCCGCUUGGCCACUUACAAAGCACUCCUCGAAUCUAAGACUGCCGGAAAGAUCCGCACUGUGGGGGUUUCCAACUAUGGCGUUCACCAUCUCGAAGAGAUCAAAAAGGCGGGAAUGGAGAUGCCGGCCGUGAACCAAAUCGAGUUGCAUCCGCUCUGUCAACAAAAGCCGAUUGUCGACUAUUGCAAGGCCAACUCGAUCGUGGUCCAAGCGUAUUGUCCCAUCAUUCGCGGCAAGAUGGAUCACCCAUCAAUUACUAGCAUUGCUGAGAAAGUAACAGACCACAAACGCGAGCCCGCUCAAGUGCUACUUCGGUGGUCAUUGCAGAAAGGUUUCGUUCCUUUGCCUAAGAGCGAAACACCGUCCCGCAUUCACUCCAAUGCUAAAUUGUACGAUUUCGAGUUGGAUGAGGAGGACAUGUCGGCCCUUGAUGCCAUGGAUCAGGGCAAGGACGGUGCCAUCAGCUGGAACCCAGUCCAUGUGCCCUAAAUCGACUUCCAUUUGCAAGCAAUCUCUAAUAUACAGUCCAUAUGUCUACCGUCGCUGCUUUGCAGUGGAAAUCAGCUGCCGGCACUGUCCACUGAAAGUCAUUGUAAGCGAAGGUGUCGAUCGAGUUCAAGAAGGAACGGACAUCGGUCUAGUAGAUUUUGCACCUCCUUCACCGCAGACUUGCGCUCUUGACGAGCAAGCUCCCAAUCACCCUCGGUUGUGAUACCAUCUAAUCGCAGUAGAGCCUGAAGCAGGAGCUCGGAGAGACGUAAAUGCUCCUUGGAACGGGGCAGUCGGUGUGCUUCCGGUGAUGCAAGCAAGACUUCGACGGCGGGAGACAGUUCCGAGCGCACAUUUUCCAUUUGAGAGUGGAUAGCGGAGAUCGUGGCCUGUUCUGUGCGGACAUUCGACGUCGUUGGAUGGGCUGCGUUCGCGGGCGCAGAUCCGAUUUCCACGACGGCGAUCGUCGAGGUGUCCUUCAGGUGAAAGGCAGAUACUAUACAGGAUGAGCUACCAAUACGUUUGUACGUAGACGUCAACCGACUGGAUGCAUUGUCGUCUCGUAGUAUUGCACCCUUGUGAAUGAGCUUGAAGCCAUUGCGAGGCAAGUGAGUAUAUUCUGCGAUGGCGUCUCUGACAACACCGAGAGGUGUAUUAGGAGGAGGAAGUUCGAAUGUAAUGCGUUCGGAAUUCCAUUUAACGUUGACCAUAAUGGCAGAACAAGAAAGAGUCUCAAUCCAGAUGAUCGCUUA